UUAUCCUUGACGUCAUCUGUAAAAGUACAACAUUGAUGUUAUGUUAUAAUCUACGAAAAUAAUGACGGAUUUCUUCAAAUCCGCCUUUGGUGUGUUAACUGGGAAUAUAUCUGGACCAGAGAAUGAUUUUGUUGGACAAGUUGUAGAACUGGGACAGCAAAAACUUCGAGUACGAAGAGUUAUAGCGGAAGGUGGCUAUGCUUUUGUGUAUGUUGCACAAGAUGUCGCCACAGGAAAAGAUUAUGCCCUUAAGAGGUUACUUGCCCAUGACAAGGAAAAGAACCAAAUGGUUAUAGAUGAAAUCAAAUAUCUUAAAAAGCUGACAGGUCACCCCAACAUUGUACAGUUUAUAGCUGCUGCCUCAGACUCCGACAAAGGACAGGCCGAGUAUCUACUGCUUACAGAGCUCUGUACAGGUCAGCUGGUUGAUGUGCUGAACAGUGCUGGCUCACCAUUACCCUGCAAUGAUGUCAUUCAAAUUUUUUACCAAACAUGUCGUGCAGUGCAGCACAUGCAUAGACAAAAUCCCCCAAUUAUUCACCGAGAUUUAAAAGCUGAGAAUCUGUUGAUAAGUUCUAAACACAUGAUCAAGCUGUGUGACUUUGGCAGUGCCACAACCACAGCACAUUUCCCUGAUGGUUCCUGGUCAGCUAUUCAGCGGAGUCUGGUGGAAGAUGAGAUUGCCAAAAACACCACACCUAUGUAUCGUGCUCCUGAGAUGUUAGACCUGUAUCAAAACUUUCCUAUUUGUGAAGCUAGUGAUGUUUGGGCUUUAGGGUGUUUACUAUACAUGCUUUGUUUUGGUAAUCACCCUUUUGAGGAUUCAGCCAAACUGAGAAUCAUCAAUGCCAACUACAGCAUUCCCAGUACAGACACCCAGUAUACAGUACUUCAUGAUCUCAUUAAGAGUAUGUUACAAGUGGAUCCUAAUGACCGACCAACUGUUCAUGAUUUAGUGGAUAGACUUCAGGAAAUAGCAAUAGCUAAAAAUGUCAACCUAAAAGGACCUCUACAUAUAGCAGAGAAUAUUCCAGCAAAUAUAGUGAUAGACAGUGCAGAAACACACCGGCGACCUAAUUCUGUUUUUUAUGACGAGGGAGAGAGAGCUGAGAACUAUCCCCCUCCCCCCACACAGAAUGCUAAUGCUUCCUCAAUCUUCAACUCUCUGAGAGGGGGAGCUGGAAAUUUGAUGAAAAACAUUAAAGACGCAUCAGCAAAAGUUAUAGAAACUGUUUCAGCAACAAUGGGAAAGACAGAUUUAGACAUAAACUACAUUACAUCAAGAAUUGCAGUGAUGUCAUUUCCUGCCGAGGGAGUAGAGGCGGCCUUUAAGAACAACAUUGACGAGGUCCGCAGUUAUUUAGAGAGCAGACACAAGGACUGUUACGCUGUGUACAAUCUGUCACAAAGGACGUACAGAGCCAUCAAGUUUGAGAAUAGAGUGUCUGAGUGUGGCUGGCCUCCUAAGAAAGCUCCUUUAUUGACCAGUCUGUUUGAAGUCUGUAAGAACAUGCUUCUUUGGCUGCGACAGAAUCCCAAAAACAUCUGUGUCAUCCACUGCAUUGAUGGCAAGGCCUCGUCUGCCACUGUAGUGGGAGCAUUCCUGUCAUUUGUCCACCUGUUUGAGUCACCAGAACAAAGUAUUCACAUGUUCUCCAUGAAACGAGGUCCACCAGGGGUCACUCCUUCACAGAAAAGAUACAUUGGAUAUAUAUCUGACAUGGUUGCUGAUACUCCGUAUGUUCCACACAACUGUGCUGUAUUACUGAAGUCUAUGACAUUAUCACCUGUACCACUUUUUAACAAAAUGAGGAAUGGAUGCAGGCCAUUUGUUGAAGUAUAUGUUGAUGAAGAAAGGAUCCUCACGACUUCUCAGGAAUAUGAAAAAAUGAAAGGUUAUCAGACAGAAGAUGGAUCAGCCAUCCUCCCUGUUAACACAACAGCUUUAGGAGAUGUUACUGUUGUUGUGUACCACGCCAGGUCUACUUUUGGGGGCAAAGUUCAAGGAAAGAUAACAUCUAUGAAGAUGUUUCAAGUUCAAUUUAACACUGGAAUGGUUAGACCAGGGACAACAUCAAUGAAGUUUACACAAUUUGAUUUAGACCAGUUAGAUACUGCUGAGAAAUAUCCAGAACACUUUUGUGUGAUGCUGGAUUUAGCUGUAUCUAAGAAUGAGAGGCCUACAACUAAAGUUCAGCCCUGGAAAUCCCUGGAUGGCUCCAAGUUAUCUCCCAAAAUUCUGUUCUCCAACAAAGAGGAAAUGCAGGAAACAUUUAGAGAUUAUGGAGUGACAAAAAGAGCCAAGUCUCAGUUGUCUAGAUCCUCUAGUCAGGGUUCUAGUGGACAGACCAGUCCAGAACAUGUUCCUAACAAGCAGCCCUCAACAGAGAAUCAGGACCAAAGAAAAGAAAGGAUUACAAAAUACAAUGAAGAGAAAUCAAAAGCAAAUGUGGCUUCCAGUGCGGCCAGUUUUCUAUCCUCCCUGUCAUGGCAGAAUUCACACCAGGAAGAGAACCCAGAGAAGGAGAAACCGACUGGAUUUGUGGCCCGAGAGGAGGGGGAGGGGUUAUUGUCCGGGAGUGAUGACGAUGACGCAUUUGCAGCACUAUCGGAACAAAGGAGCAAACCUGUCAAUGCCGAAACUUUGUUAGAUUUCAGUGAGGACAAAAGUGAUAUAAGGAAUACUGAGAAAGAGAUUAAUUCAAGCGAUUUAGGAGAAAAAAGCAACACAGAACCUCUAGAUCAACAACAAACAUUUGAUCCCUUUGCAGACUUUAGUUCCCUUAAUUUAAACAAUGAUGUUCAGCCAAACAAAGACUCUAGUUCUACAAAUGAAAAUGGUUUCUUGUUUGAUGCAUUCCAAGACAAUAGUUCAGAAAACUUAAAACCUAGUGGAAGUGUAACGAACGUUGAUAACUUACUAGAUUCAUUUUCAUCAAGUACAGAACAACUGCCAACAGCCAGUACAAAGAAAGACGACAUGUUUGACUUUUUAGAUGACACUUCCAGUGGUUCUAAAGAUGAUGUUAAUCUCUUAGGUUCCUGGGAUAUCCACAAUGUAAAAGAUUCUAUUCCCACACUUAACAUUCCUAGAAACCCCUCCAACUCAAGCAUGCAUCAAAGUAGCUCUGCUUCUAAUUUCCAACAGUUUUCAGGAAUGGGCAAUGCAAACAUUCCCAGGAAUAGUAGUGGGACAUUUACCACCGGCCAAAAACAGCCAAUGUUUGGUCAGAGUCGCUCAGGAAACAAUUCCCCUCUCACGAUAGGUCAGAAUGUCAAAGGUCAAUCUACAAAUUCAGCAUAUGACCCUUUUGCUGAAUUCGGUAACCUAGGUGCAGGUGGUAAGAGUAAUUUCAGUGGUAGUUUUCCAAACUUGAACAAACCUUCCCAACAGCCACCACCUAAACCAUCGGCAACCCCUGGGGCAAACACACAAGGGUCACCUAAAGUUACCAGACCUCAGAAUCCUCCAAAACAACAACAGACUUUCAGUAAACCUAACUACAAUGUGGGAGGAUUUGUCACGGGGGGAAGAGAUGAAAGGGGUGCCAGAAAACCAUUUGGUCCAAAGCCUCCGGUCAGUGAGAGUGCGUUUGAAGACCUCCUUGGUAACCACCAGUUUACCAGCUCUAAACAGAACAGUACACCCAAAACACUGGGAGCCAUGAAAAAGAAACAAAGAGCCGAAGAAAUGGACCCAGACAAACUAAAAGUUUUGGACUGGAUAGAAGGGAAAGAGCGUAAUGUGAGAGCUUUGCUGUGUUCAUUAGACAAAGUUUUAUGGGACGGUGAAAAAAGGUGGCAACAAGUGGGCAUGCAUGACUUAGUGACAGCAGACCAGGUGAAGAAGGUGUAUCGAAAGGCUGUGCUGUCUGUCCAUCCUGAUAAGCUUGGUGGAACCCCCCAUGAGGCUUUAGCCAAGUUGAUAUUUAUAGAACUGAAUGACGCCUGGGCACAGUUUGAGGAGGAGGGCAUGAAAUCACUGUACUGAGAUUCCUCAUCAUGUUUGUACAUUACAUCAGUCUUUCUGAAAGGACUCGGAAUGGAAAAUUUGUCACUUCAGACACCUCAUGAUUGGAUACGUGUAUUUAUAUAAACUAUUGACAUCUCAAAUUAUAGUGAAAGAAUUCAUUGUAUUUAUACACAUUUAUGGAAUAUUUAUGGAUUAUGCACUGGAAUUUGCAUUUUGUACAUUUAAUUUUAGAUAACAGUUUUUAUUUUAAUUUUUUAUGGUUUACAGUUUUAUUUUGUUACAA